GCAAACUCUUCAACGCUAUGUCUCUGUACUCCACCCCACCCUCAUCGCCUCUCGCUCCUCCACCCAGCCCUGAGAUGGGGUCCUCCACCUUCCCCAGACGUUCCAUGGCCGAGGCUCACGUUGGCAUUGGCGAUUUCGAGGGGGCUAGGUGCUUUGCCUACGUCUACCUCGAGCACGCCGUGCACAGCCCGCACCUCUUCAUUCGCCAAGCCAUGGAGCAGGCUGCUGGCGCCCUAGCCUUCCAGCUUGCUGCCUCGGCCAGGGGGGCCGGGAUCAUGGUGUUCAACACGCUGGAGGAGAGGGACGAGAUCGGCGCCAUGAGCCCCGUUGUCCAUGACGGCAACAGCAUCCGCAUCGAGCGCCACGAAGAGGCAGACAACCGAUUCUACGCCUUCUACCGUGUCUACGCCGCGGUGGACUUCCCCCUGGAGCACUGGGAUGAGGACAGGGCACGUGAGGCUCUGAGUGCAGUGGGCAAUGUUUGCUGCCUGGACCCUGCCUGCUUUGACGCAGGCGACUUCACGUCCAUUCGCGCGGUGGUUCGCCUGGACCACCACGCGGAGCUCCAGGACCAGCUUCUCGUGCGCAACCACAACGGACCUGCGUGCCUCGCCAACCUCUACGCCAUUCGCACGUGGAUCGAUGUCGGGCCUGAGCCGGACUGGGGCGACUACGACUUCGGCAACGCCCCGGCCCUGCAUGGCGCCCCCUACUAUCACCCCGUCGGCAAUCCGCCGACCCAACUACCGCCUGUCCCUGAGAACCUGGUGACCACGGUGCUGGAGUGGGAGAACUCUGCUCCCGCUCCGCCUCUUCACCCAAUCCGCACCAGGCGUGCAACACCCUACCCAAUGCGCCCGGCACUACUAGCCCUUCCUUGGUAUGGGGUUGGCGGUGUCCCUGCGCUGCCGGUGGGGGUGGAGCCUGGGGAGGAGGCCAGCGGAGGCGUCGACCCGGUGUCUGAGGGUCACCUGGAGGACGGCUCGGACAAUGUGGCCGCUUCUGAGCUGGCGAUGCUGAACCUGGCGGACCUGAACCUGAACAUCGACGUCGUGCAUGAGACCCGCUCACAGAAGAGGCGUGCCAGGCGUAAGAGGGCCAAGGACUCCGCCCGUGCUCUGAGGAGGAGUGUGCGCCUCAUGGAGAAGGAGGAAGCCGGCUUCGAGAUGCCUAAGGACAAGGCUGCACGGGUCCAGCAGGCCAAGUUUGAUUUCAGUGGUGCGUCCCGUCGUCUCCCUUGUGAGCUACUGAGGAGGAAGUUGCGGGUAUCUCUGGUGAGGCGGCACUACCGCCUGAAGAAGACUGAUGCAUAUGUCCAACGUCAGAAGUGUUGAUAGAGUGUACUACACCCGUAGCGAGCACUCCUGCUCCAGUUUUGGCUUUUGUAGUAGUACCUCUAGACAGUGUACCACCCCUACGUGUUCUGUGAUGCUUCCCAUGUGCCUGCACCCAGCGUUUGCAGUGUUCGCUGCUGCAAGAAUAAUGUAAAGUAUCUGACGGCUGCUUGGAUGCCCCGUCCAGUGUAUGGUGCAGAUGUAUAUAUCAAUGAAUAGAAGCAUUAGUUUU